AUGCCUCCCCGGCUACUCACGCUGCCAACGCAGCUGCAACAAUUCCUCACCAGACCCCUCCAAAAUCCCACAACAACCCCCCUAUUGUUCCUGCUCCCCCAACUCCAGCAAACCCGCAAUGCCCACAUCCUAGGCUCCCUCUCCGACACCCCCGGAGCCUACAAUAAGCGGAUCAGAAGAGGUCGCGGUCCCGCGUCCGGCAAGGGUAAAACCUCCGGAAGGGGUCACAAGGGUCAGAAGCAGCAUGGAAAGGUGCCAGCGGGGUUCAAUGGUGGACAGACACCUGAUAUUAUUGUGCAUGGUGAGCGCGGAUUCAAGAAUAUACUCUCCAUCGACCUAGCCCCUGUCAACCUCGACCGAAUCCAAGAAUGGAUUGACCAAGGCCGCAUCGACCCAACCCGUCCCAUUACGAUCCGCGAACUGGCCAAAUCCCGCUGUAUCCACCAAACGAAAGACGGCGUGAAGCUGCUUGGCCGGGGUGCCAGCGAAGCGGAAGAAGGAGAAAAACAAAACGUCCUCAAACAACCCAUUCACGUCGUUGUUUCCCGCGCCUCCGCCAGCGCCAUAGCCGCCAUCGAAGCAGCGGGUGGCUCGGUGACCACUCGCUUCUACACGCGGGCAUCGAUUGCGCGUAUCAUGCGCCGCGAGACACAUCCGUUUGUGUCGUCUGCGUGGUCUGCAGAGAGUGCCAGCGAGGCGCUCACGAAGGCUGCCGGUAUCGAGGAAGUGAGUGAGUCGAAGAUCAUGAAGGAGAUGGGCUUUAAGUAUCGGCUUCCUGAUCCCACUAAGAGAAGGGACAUUGAGUAUUACCGUGAUCCGGCUCAUAGGGGAUAUUUGAGUCAUUUGCUCAAGCCUAUGGAGGGCCCUAGUUUGUUCUUCCGGUCGCCGGCUGAGAGGAAGUCUAUGGUUGGUGUUAAGAAGGAGAAGACUCUUCCUGAGAAUCGGUUGUGGUAG